AUGCCAUCUGAAGCGGAAAACAUCAACUAUCUCUACUUGGUGCUGACCAACGAUGGAACCCCUGUGAUCGAUUGGAACGCCGUCUCCGCCGCACUAGACCUCAAGAAAGGCGCUGUCACAAAGCGAUGGUCGCGCCUCAAGCAGGCUAUGGAGAAGAACGAGGUUCCCGGAGGUACCACGUAUCAGUUUCUAUGGCUUUGUGCCAAGCACCACACGCGAACUCAACCACCGAACUGGAAUGAGAUCGCAGCCGAGGCCAACACCACCUCAGGAGCCGCAUCGAAGCGCUAUUCACGGAUGAAGAAGGUCUUUGAAGAGAAUGACACAGCACCAGGUACCAUUUCGCCUGUUGACAACUCUCCAGCUAAGGCCAAGACUACCCCGAAGUCUACUUUCAAGAAGUCUCGCACGUCUGCCACUUCGUCCGGCAGCGACGUUGACGACACCCAGAUCACGCCGUCUACCAAGCGCAAGCGUGCGUCACCAAAGAAGAAGGUCGCUCCCACCGAGGACGAAGCCAAGUUCAAGCCCGACCCGGAGAACGAGGACGACCAGGAAGAGCUCCUGGAGCCCAAGCCCAAGCGUACGAAGGUCGGAAAGAACAACAUCAAGGUUACCCCUAAGCUUAAGCUGAAAGGCAUUGUCAAGAAGGAGGACACCAACGAGGACGGUGAGGACUCUUUCUUCGACGCCCAGGAAGAUCUCACUUGUACGGAAGAGGCUGGAGAAAUCGACCACGAUAGCUACGCCGUUCAUGACCCGGAGCCAUCUGAUUCCCUUGAAUUCUGCCAUGGCUUUAUCUGA